UUUUGCCAUUUCCCUAGUUCGUAGAGGACAUGCGCCGGAGCCAUGGACAUAAAUGUUGUAAAUGCUCUAACAUACGAGGAUUUUGUGAAACUAUUCGGUAAUGUGAUUGAGAAAUGCCCCCUUAUUUCGGCUGCGAUAUGGUCCCACCGGCCAUUCAAAGAUCUAGCAGACAUCGAGGCUCACAUAACGGAAUUCAUUCACAGUCUACCAGACUCAGGUAAAGAGGGCAUUUUGCGGUGUCACCCUGAUUUGGCGGGCCGGGACCUCCAGAGCGGGACUCUAACCCGCGAGUCUCAAGAAGAGCAGAGUCAAGCCGGUAUGACCACACUGGACACCGCAGAGGGGCUGCAAAUGUACCGUCUAAACUCGGAGUACAAGGAGCACUUUGGCUUCCCUUUUGUCAUCUGUGCCCGUCUCAACAACAAAGCAGAUAUUGUGCGCCAACUAUCUGAACGCUUGAAGAAUGACCGGGCAGCGGAACGAGAGCGCGCGAUCGAAGAGGUUAAAAAAAUCUGUAGCCUCCGGUUACGCAAUAUUGUCUUAUCUGACAUUCAAACCAAACUGUAACAAGUUACAGUUUCAAAAAUGUUUACUGCAUCUCUCUACUUGAUUGUAUAUUUCUUAAAAAAUAGGCCUAACACACACA